AUGGAAACGUGUUCAGUGUGCGGCGCCGACGACGGCCCAACCCUCCGACAGUGCAACAUGUGUUCGUCCAAGUUCCAUCAUAUGUGCAUCGUGGAAGAAGCCGCGAAGAAAGGGUGGCCCGAAGCGAAAGAAUGUCAAGAACUGUGUGCUGUGCAUGCGGUGCCAUCAUCAGCGCCGCAAGACGUGCCGCUAUCUGCGAAGAAGCGAGGACGUCCGAAGGGAGCGAAGAACAAGGCGAAGGUGCAAGAUGUGCAGGACGAGUCUACACCGAAGAAGCGUGGGCGGCCACCGAAGUCGUCGUCAAGUGCCAACAUGCCGUCAACGCCGUCAGAGGUGGACGUCAAGCCGAUCCCAGUCGGGAUAUCCGAGUUUACACCCGACCACAAGUCCAUUCGAUCCGAGACAAUGUUUCGGAACGUGUCGUUCAGGCCGCUACGAGAGAUGCAAAUCCACAAGAACUACAACAGGCUGCUUGCCUUCUACGCGGAUUGCCAAAACUUCAUGCUAAGUGGUGGCGAGAACGAUCCCAACAUCGACACGCCGGGCAAGAACACGAAAGCCGAGGCCAAGUCGAUGGUGGCAUUGUAA